AUCCAGAUUUAGUGAAUUAAAAUUUGGUUUAAAAAUGAAUCAAGCCGAUGUCAGCAAACUAAUGUCACAGCUGAGAAUUGCUGUGCGACCAACCAAACGUAACUUAAAAAACCCUGAUGGCCCAGAAGGCCGUCUACUGAAGCUGCGAAAAACCGUGACGGCGUUGGUCAAACACGAGCGCAUUGAAUUGUAUUAUAAUCGGGCUGAUGAAGCGCGUGGAUAUGCUGAAUUGCUCAUUUCAAAUGCUAUACGCCAUGGCGAUCGACACAAAGCAACCAUGGAGCUAGCAGACUACUGGCUGCUGGAAAAACAACUUGUUCAUAAACUCUUUAAGGUUUUAGUACCGCGCUUCGAGAACUCUACCGUUUCCUACACACGCAUGUUCAAGGCGCCACGCGAUUAUCCAGGAAUGUACUAUAGAAAAUCAGUGCUGGAGCUACGUGGAAAUCCUUAUCCCGCACUGAUACCAGAUAACAGCCAGAAUCGCAAUUUAUUACACAAUGUGCUGCUGGACGAGGCGCGCAAGGAGUUCCGACGUGAAAAGUUAGCAAGCUUGGCUAACAAACUGGCUGCUGAGACUGAGAAUGCAACAGCAUCAACAAUUGAAACACCUGCACAAGCACCUGUAACGGAUCCACAGUCCGAGCAGUCAAAGCAAGCCGAGGAAGCGCCCAAAGCAUAGUUAACUAUUGUAAAUCUGUUGAUGUAAUACAUUUUUCUAAGCUAAUUUAUAAUAUACAGAGAUGUUAAACGGGUGGUA